CAAAAUUUAGGCAUUCCCUCCAAAUUUUUUUGGAAUGCCGCCCAAUACUUCCUCCAAAUACAUCAAUUUUGAAUCCAUUUGCAGGCUAUUUAACCCCCUCCCCAAGAUUAUUACAGUAACACCCAGCACUACUCCCCUUUCUUCUCCAUCUUUGUCUUCCUAAUCUUUUCAACAAUCCUUUCACAUUCAGCUUUAUUCCUCUUCCUUUUUUCAUCUCGAUGUCCAGGCGGCCUGCAUAUAACACCAAAAAAUUAGACAAUGUAACACGACAGGUUAUAAGCGAGGUGUUACUGUCACAUUCAAACGAAAACCCCGAUGGUUCUUACUCAGCUCAGUAUGGACAGAUCAAGAACGUUGCAGCACAAUUUAAAGUGUCUACAAGAACAGUCAGUAGCAUAUGGGCCAUUGCAAAGAAACAAUUAGAGCUGAGCAUUACCAUUGAUGUCAGGAAUAGAAUGGCUGGAAAAAGUGGCAGAAAAAGGGCUGUCAUGGAUGUAAAGGCUAUAACAGACACUCCCCUGAGGCGGAGGACUACUAUAAGAUCACUUGCAGCUUCCAUCCAUAAGCCUAAGUCUACUGUGCAUGAGUGGAUUAAAAAAGGUAUGCUUAGGAGCCAUUCUAAUGCUAUUAAAUUGUACCUUUUAGAUGCUAAUAAAAUUUCAAGGUUGAGGUUCUGUCUAGAUCGGGUUGACCCAUAUACCAUGCCAAUGCACCCUAGGUUUAAGACUUUUGAGAAUGUUUUACACAUUGAUGAGAAAUGGUUCUUUAUGUCCAAAACGUCUCAAAAGUUUUACCUUCUCCCUGAUGAACUGGACCCAUAUAGGGCUUGUAAAUCAAAAAGGUUCAUUGCUAAAGUAAUGUUUCUCUGUGUGGUUGGGAAACCACUGUUUGGGGAAAAUCAAGAAGUGUUAUGGGAUGGCAAGAUUGGCAUUUUCAGUUUCACAGAAAAUUUAAGAGCCAAAAGGAAGAGCAAGAAUAGGCCAAAAGGAGUUUUGGAGGUUAAACCAAUUACCAGUGUUACUAAAGAAGUAACAAAGGACAUGUUGAUAAACCCUGUUAUUCCAGCAAUCCAUGAAAAAUGGCCAACACAGCUGUCAAAAGACAUACAUAUUCAGCAAGAUAAUGCAAGGCCACAUAUUCAAGGAGUGGACUGUGACUUUAUGGCAGCAGCAAACAGAAAUGGGCUUCACAUAACUCUAAACAAUCAACCCCCCAACUCUCCAGACUUAAAUGUGCUAGAUCUUGGGUUCUUUAGAGCCAUCCAGUCCUUAAAGGAUCAGUGUGCUCCAACUACUGUGGUUGAGUUGGUAGAGGCUGUUGAGGGAGCAUAUAAUGCCCUGAGUUCAGAAUGUCUAAACAAGGUUUGGUUGUCUUACCAGCAAGUAAUGACUAAAGUAAUGGAACAUGAAGGCAACAACAACUACAAAUUGCCACAUAUGAGGAAGGACAGACUAGCCAGAGAAGGGAAUCUGCCAAAAUGUUUGAACAUAGACCAAGCCUUAAUUGAAAAGGCAGCAACACUGGUUGGAGAUCAGAUGUUUACAACUAAUGAAGAGAUGGUUGAGUUCAACACUGAAGAUGCAGAUGAGUACUUAUCUUCAGACAUGAACUGAACACACACUUCAAGGGCACUGUUUUUUUGGAUUGUGGUUACCAAAGUGGGUUUUUGUAACUGCUUACCAUGUUUUGGUUACCAUGUUUUGGAAGCAAGAUGUUCAGAAUAUCGAUGUGGAGAUCCAUGCGUGAGUUUAUUGCCUGUGUAGGCUCAAUCUCACUUUUUUCGCACCAAUCAGCAUCAUCAAUAUCACCGUCUAGAACAACAAAGUUAGGCUCCUCCCUCCCAUGAAGAAAAACAGUGUCUUUCU